AUGUCAGAAAACCGGAGGAAAUAUAGCCAAUUUGUUAGAAGCAAAUGUCAAAAUGCAACCUCUGCUGUUUGCAUGCUGAUGAAUAUGCUCGACCAACCCACAAUUACUGCACUUGGCUUUAAAUACAAUGAACGCCUGACUGCCAUGUUAGAAAUAGCACCCUUAAAUACAGAAUGUAUGAACACUGGAGACAUUCCAGAGGCCAGGGCCUUUGAGGGCAUAUUGAAUUGCUUUUCUUCUUUUUAUCUCAUUUAUUUAUUUAAUUUGAUUAAGUUAUCUAUUUACAGGUUAAUUACCUAAUUUAAUUAUUUGUGUAUUUCUUUAUUCUGAAAAGCCCAUUUGGACAAAUGAAGUAUGUGUAAACGUACGAAGUUCUAACUCAUCCAGACUGCAACAUGUUGAAAACACUGGCAUGAUAAUCAUCCUGUUUGCGGCUUUGACACCUACUCUUGCAAAAAAGUUGGGGAGAUGUCUGGUGUAACCUGUCUAAGAUGGCAAGCGCACUUGGUCAUCACACCGUUCACUGCAGCCAAAUUCCAGCCCUGAUCCACAUCCGUCGCAGGUGCAUACCAGGCAGCAAUAGCAAAUUU